AUGGGAGAGGAAGAAUGGGACACCAAAGAUGAGGAGAAGCCGAAGCAAAGGAUGCCAAGAGGUAUAGCUCGUGGGCUCAAAAAUAGUACUGAAGAAGAGGGCGAUAAGGCCAAGAACGACAAAGAAGGUAUCCGUCUUAAGGAUUUGCAGCUUGAGUAUCCAACCUACAAGAAUAAAGGUAGGCAAGACUUUCAAGAUGACCCCAAGGAUUUCGCAGAAAAUAUCAUGUUUGCCAUUAUUAAACAGGAAAUAAAAAGGGAACCAACACUUCUUGGGUCCUUUCAUUCUUCUCUUUGGUUGAUAUGGCGCGAGGGCGUGGUCAGGGGCGUGCCAGAAGGCCGACUCGAUUUGCGGACGGCUCCACGGCGGGCACCCUCUGAACAGCAGGAAGGUACCUCAUCCGCGCCGACUCGAGGUGUGCAACAGCAAGAGCACACUAUCAACCCUACUGGCAGUACUCUAGAGAUGGGAGCUCCGAGGAUCGGGACAUCCAAAGGACCAAAUAUUCAGCUUGGGGAGACGAUAAGUGCUUCACAGUUGAUGCAAAUGAUGGUGCAACAGCAAGCUGCUGCCAAGGCAGAUAUGAUGAGGAUGGUAGAGGUACAGCAACAGUUCUUACAGCAACAGUUGCAGCAGCAGCAAGCAAUGUAUCAACAACAGCAGCAGCAGUAA